AUAUAUUUGCAUUUAAAAAUUUUGAUCCCCUAUUAUGACCCCACCUUAUCCUCGGGGGCCAUGAUUUUAACAAACUUGAAUCUGCACUGUGUUAGCAAACGUUCAUGUAAAUUUUAACUUGUGUGGCCCAGUGGUUCUUGAGAAGAUUUUUAAAUGACCCCAUUCUAUUUCUGCAAUUUUCGUGAUUAUAUCCCCGUUUAAAGGCGCCUGGUCCUUUACUUGGAAAAGAAAAGAAUUCCCUACAUCUAGGGAUGCUGUGUGCAAAGAUUCGUUGAAAUUGGCUCGUUGGUUCUGGAGAUUUUAAUUUGUCAAUGUAUUUUCACUAUUUCGCUAUCAUCUGUCUUCAUUUGAACCAACUGGAUUCCACUUCAUCCAAGGAUACGUUUGACCAAGUUUGGUUGAAAUUGACCCAGUGGUUCUGGAGAAGAAGUCGAAAAUGUGAAAAGUUUACAAACGGACAACAGGGCGACACCGACUGGAUGCAUUAUACAAUCGCCCGGAUGUAGAAAAAUUAUUCUAUUAGGGCCUACCUGGAUUUUCAAGUACAGCCUAGAUUAGUAAAAUCUGGAAGCGACAUGGAAGACGAGGAUUCUUACCAGGCAUGGAAAGACAGGUGCGAGAGAUACUUCACCUCCAUUUCAGAGUCGGACAGUGUCAAGAAUGGCAGUUUUGAAAGAAACAAGCAUCCGAAGAAAUGGAGAUCACUUCGUGACGUCACAAGUGAUGACUUCACGAAAUCGGAUGCCACGUCCAAUAUCGAAAGAGCCAAGCAGUGGCUCUCUGCAGUGGACGUCCACGGACUAAGAUUAGCAGGAACCGCGAACAAUGUCUUGGAAACCGUUAUUUGGAUAAUUGUUCCUUGUGUGGCUUUCGGCGGCUUUGUGUUUUUCAUGUAUCUUAAUUUCUCUGUGUACUUGCUGCAAUCAUCCAGCUUCCGCGUGGAAUCUAUCAACUCCAGACUCGCCGAGGCACCAUUUGUCACAGUGUGUAACAAGAACAAGCUUCGGUUCUCAGUGGUGGCAUCCUCUAAUGGAAGAUUUCGAAAUCUACUUGUUCUAAAGGAACCCGGGUCCGUGUUGACUCCAGUACCAAACAAGAACGGAAGCGAAGCCAUCAAAUCCACCACAUUCUCCUCUUUUGCUAAAAAAUUACUGAAGAAAGACGAGUUUGAUGAAAUGAUUUCAGAUAUUGAUGCUUCAUUUCUGCCAUUUUCCUACAUGACAUCUCCAAACGAUUGGAGUGCUGCAUUCAAAGAAAGCUUAAAACACGGGUUUCAGAUCCUACAGAGAGUUGUAAGUCCAAAUAGACAGGAAUAUUCAGAAUACGGGCAUCAACCGAAUAAAUCAUUAGUUCAGUGCCUGUAUGACGGACAGCCUUGUAAAGGGGCCAUUCAAGAGAUUGUUGAUGAGAAUUAUGGAAGAUGUUUUACAAUAUCCCCAUCGACAACCAAUGCUCUCGUUUCUGUAGGUGAACUGGAGCUGAUACUGAACAUUGAACCGGAUGAGUAUAUCAAUGCACUAAGUCCCGAACACGGGGCGAUUACGUUCCUCCACACACAGGAAUAUGACGUCACAGACGGAGCGCGACAUCUGGUGGCCCCCGGAUCACAUCAUGUCAUAGACCUGCAAAAAAUUGUUAAAGUCAAGAAGCAAAAAGACUGUACAAGUAGAAUGGAUUACAGCAGAAAGAACUGCAUGUCCACUUGUAUUGAUAGUUUCUCUCAGUCUUACUGUAAAUGUCGCCAGUCUUUUGAGGGCGACAAUGCAUACAGAUGUCGUCUGAACGUCCAGUUUGAAUUUGUGUGUCAUUCAACUCUAUUAUAUCUGGCUUCAAAGGAAAAGCUGCCCUGUUCCUGUCCCUACCCAUGCAGCACUACCACUGUAGAGUCCAAGGACACAUCCCUCCCCUGGCCAUCUAAUGGAAGUCUGAAGCAUGUGCAGCAAUAUUUACAAAAUUAUGGAAUAGUUAUGACAGCUGAACACACCAGGUCCUCAAUUUUGAAGCUAACAAUUAACAUGCGAAAUACAAGAGAGACAAAAUAUGAAGAAGACAAUGCAUCUUCCUUGCUUCAGCUGCUUGCUAACAUUGGGGGUGUGUCCUCUUUACUGAUAGGAGUGUCAAUCAUCUCCAUAGUGGAAGUCAUGUGGCUUACAAUCAGGACCUGCACUGUCGGCUGUUUAGACUACUACAACAGAAAACAAAAACGUGACAACAACAUGGAAAAGCUGUCCGAUUCUGACUUUACGUCCGUCACAUGGGCAGCGUACAAGGAUCGUCUGAGAUACGACGCUCAGUUCAAGGACGAGACCAUCGGAAGGAAAGGACUCUGGUCACAAGAACCAAUCAGAAGGAACAGUGGUAGACGACAGUCAUUGAAGCCAAUCCCAGAGGAGACUAAAUCACCUAAUGCAUUCAAUGUCAAAAACUCCACUACAGCCACAGGCGGUCAGUCCCACCCCAGCAUGUACACAGCCACAAAGGGUCAGUCCCACACCAGCAUGUACACAAAAUACCCCCAUUAUAACAGGCACCCCAGUCAGGCCCGCGUCAUAAACAGCAUCAAAAAGGAGAACCAGGCCAGGGAGAACCAGUUUCCUCUCUUCCAUUCUCUGGAUCUCAACACAGGACCUUGGUGUUCCACGCUCAAAAGCAAGGAAAAACGAGGAGUGUCUACUCCUCUACCCAUGAACUCUGCUGCCGAACAUUAUCCAGAGAGGGGGAGAAUUAUCUCCCCUGCUGAUGCCAUCCAAAUGUAUGGACCAUCAGCUGGAAAAUAUUAUGUCAGUGAACCAUUUAAUGUUUAACUGUGUAAAUUGUCAAUGGUUUGCAAUCACAAUUUAAACUAUCAUCAAUUUAGAUGAAAUUUUCUACCACAUGUUAAUGGUGUCAGACCUGAUCACUGUAUACCAUGCAUGUAUAUACAUCAAAAUGCACAAGUUAAUCUUUAUCCACAUCAUAAUCAAAACCAAACAUGUUACAGGGUAUAUCCAGCGUUAAAUGGCGGAUGUUGAUAUAAUUAUAAGUAUGCAUUUGUGGCUCUAUUUGAAGGUACAACUAUUUCCCCUUGUGAGACUGAGACCACCAAUAUACAAAAUGUACUACAUUGUACCCAUCAGUCAGAUUUUUACAAGCUAAGGACAUUCCAUUGUAUUGACUUUUCAUGUUUAUACAAUAUUCAUGUAAUAAAAUACUAUUUGUGUCUUCUUU